GUCGUCACCACUACUCCGCCAUCAAGCCCCCGAGUCCCUUCACCAAAAAGGGCAAGGGUUGAAAAGAUUGUUGAUCCUGCCCCUCAGUUGGGCAGUUCGUCGACUCUGCUCUUAGAUGAUCCUAUGAUCAAGGAUCUUCUCCGCAUCGGGUCCCAAUUUAUUGGGUACCGUGAAUAUGCCGCCAGAGCCGAAGAAAAACUCUCAGAGGCCAACGAACGUGUCGACGCACUUGCUCAAAAACUCGAGCAAAGUGAGGCGGCUCGCAAGAAAGCUGAACUUGCUGCUAGCAAAGCCAAGGCCGAGGUUGAUGAAGCCAAGGUGAAAGCUGCUAGUGUCGAGGAACUGCAGAGAAGGCUCAAAGAUGCCGAAUCUGCCUUAGAUGAGCAGAAAACUGCACAAACUGUGCGUGAACAAGAGAUCAUCAAGCGUCUGAAGUCGCAAAAAACAUCUCAUAUGGAAGGUGAUCGCGCUUCAUAUGUAGAAGCCAUGAGAAGCCCUGACUCAUCAAAGUGGGUGGAGGCCGUGGAAGACAAAAUAAAAUCUGUAAGUGCCAACGAUGUUUGGGACAUAGAAAAUAAUCCUGAAGGAGCCAAAACAGUAGGCUGCAAAUGGGUCUAUAAUAUCAAAUAUGACUCCAAUGGGAAUGUAGAAAAGUACAAAGCAUGA